AUACAAAAUUAACUGUCAAAGAGUUGAUCACUAAAUCCAAUGCAUUGGCGAUGGCUUUGGUGGCGAAAGGGGUCCAAAAGAGUGACACUAUUAUGACUUUCGCGGCCAACAGUAUUGAACACAUGAUAACUUUGUUCGCGGGCGCCUUCUUGGGCACCACUCUAUACCCAAUCAGUCCAAUCGCCAACCUCUAUGAGAUGGAGAGUCUAUUGGAAACGUUGGGUUCUUUGGCUAUCUUCACCUCCGCAGCCAAAGCCGAUAUCAUUGCCCAGGUUUUGGCCAAAAACCAAAAAAUCAAAGCUAAAACUGUUGUCGUAUUCGACGGCGUCUACAAUGAGUUCACAACAUUUGCCGAUAUGUUGUCCAAAGGAAACAAUCAAAUGCUACCAAAGAUCCCAUACUUUGAUGUCGACCCCAAUAAAGACAUAUUUAUAAUGCUGUUGAGCUCCGGAACCACUGGUGCGCCCAAAUCGCUGAUGACAUCUCACGUGGCUUUUAAUAUACAAAUCCGACUAUUAAUUCCUCUGAAAGACCUGCCAAACAAUCGGUUCGCACACAUCACCCCUUUUGGGUGUAUGUCUGGCUCAACAUUUCUGUUUGCAUUCAUCACCUCUGGUGUGCCGAUUGUUAUAUUCCGGGAACAUUUCGAUGAGCUUAUCAUUAAAGCCAUCGACAAGUAUAAAGUGGCCAUAGUUUUCAUUACACCCGUCUUCGGAACCAAACUUAUUGACGAACAGAUGAACAAUAAGUAUGACUUAUCGAUAUACGAUUUUGAUGAAACUCGGAUUCUGGUGCCUAGGAAUGUGGGCCUAAAUAAUGAGACCAAUUCCAAGAUUCUAGCUGCACGGCAACUGGACCUGCCAAACAAUCGGUUCGCACACAUCACCCCUUUUGGAUGUAUGUCUGGCUCAACAUUUCUGUUUGCAUUCAUCACGUCUGGUGUGCCGAUCGUUAUAUUCCGGGAACAUUUCGAUGAGCUUAUCAUUAAAGCCAUUCUGUUCAUAUUUCACCGCUCAGAUUUCGACCAGAAGUGCCGGCCGCGGCGGAAAGCUUCACAUGUCGGUCACGCUAUCGUCGAGAAACAUAAGCUUGACUUUAGGGAAGCGUAUGGAAUGACCGAAUUUGGUCCGACAACCGGUUGGAUGCACUUAGAAGACGGACAUUAUAUUGCGGGCAGUUUGGGCCGACCCGGACUUAAUACCGAGAUGAAAAUCAUAGAUCUUAAUACAGGAGAGAGUUUGGGCCCUAAUAUGGAGGGAGAGAUAUGCUUAAGAGGACCGCAAAUGUUUAGCGGAUAUUUCAACAAUCCUUUGGCCACCAAAGAAACCAUUGACAGCGAGGGAUGGCUUCGUACCGGAGAUAUUGGAUAUUAUGACUCAGAAAAACGUUUCUUCAUAAGGCUAUCUGAGUUUCUUGAUAGUGUUGUCGGCAGAGGGGCUGUCUCUAGCUCGUCAAGAAUAACUGGGUGUUUACACACCGUCUCCACCGUCACCAACCGCAGUUUGUGCUCUGUUCAAUGGGUUAGGGCUUAUGUCAAAGUGAAAGAUGGGAUGUCUGUCACUGAAGAAGAACUCACAAAAUUUGUUGCAGACAAUUUGAAUGAUGCGAAACAAUUAAGGGCUGGCGUUGUGUUUGUCGAUCACAUCCCGAGGACUACUAUAGGAAAAGUCGAUCGAAGAUAUUUCAAACAAUUGAUCGCCGAUGAAGUGAUUAAAGCCGUGUAAUGUUGUCAUCGAUUCAAUCAAACAAUGAAACAAAGCUAUAAUUUCAAUGACUUGUAGUCUAUAAACCUGUUUAAAACAGCUAUUAUUUUCUAAUUAUGGACUUUAAAUAUAUUCAAAACCCUUUUAGUUUCAAUUGAAAUAAUUACUGGGAAUUAUAAUUAAGACUAUUCUAUAGUCAUUAAACUAAAUCAACGC